GAAGAUGAUGCUAUCCUUCGAGCCAAUGGCCACGAUCAAGUCAUGCCUCGACAGUUCAAUUGGAUCUCCGCUCUUGGGCUAGGGUUCUCGAUCACCAACUCUUGGGUUGGCUAUUUGAGUUGUUUCGGGCAAAGCCUUAUCUACGGGGGCGCUCAGACAUGUAUAUUCAGCCUUGUUGUUGCCUUUGCAAUUCAGCUCAUCAUCACUACUGAGCUGGGAGAGCUCGGGUCAGCGUUCCCGUCAAGCGGAGGCCAGUACCAUUUCUGCUACAUCUUGAGCCCGGACAACACGAAGAGAUACAGUGCAUACAUCGUGGGAUGGCUAUCCGUC